UGUGUAGUGGCUUACAGACUGAUCCAGCGCACCGACUGUGCCGUGCGUUUACGCAUAGUCCUUCAUCAUUGGAACGCGUUGAAUCUGGACGAUCUCCCGGCUGGUGUCAAACAGACUCCUCCUGACGCACACCAACACAUUUCUUUCUGUUAUCAUGCGAGCGUUUACUGGAGCGGAGCAGUGAAAUAGUGCUUACAUCGUUUUAUCUAACGGCUGGACCUCUAUGCCAAAUAAUCCACCUAGCUAGAAUGAAUAAAAACGGGAAGGUGACAGAAAUCAACUCCAGGAUAAGGAAGGAACCGUUCAGCGCUAAUUACGAGCUGGUGGGCAAAGAACUGGGCAGGGGAAAGUUUGCAGUGGUGAAGAAGUGCACAGAGAAGGCCACAGGGAAGCAAUAUGCUGCCAAGUUCCUGCGAAAGCGAAGGAAGGGAGAGGACUGCCGCAUGGACAUCAUGAACGAGAUUGCCGUGCUGGAGUCAGCCAAGGCAAACCCGUAUGUGGUGGCACUGCAUGAGGUCUACGAAACCACCUCUGAAAUCAUCCUCGUUUUGGAGUGUGCCGCUGGUGGUGAAAUCUUCAACCAGUGUGUGGCCGAUAACGACGAGGCCUUCACAGAGAAAGACGUGAUUCGGCUGGCGAAGCAGAUCCUGACAGGCGUGGCUUUCCUUCAUCGAAACAAUGUGGUGCAUCUGGAUCUAAAACCCCAGAAUAUCCUGUUGACCUGCGCCAAGCCUCUGGGUGACAUCCGUAUUGUUGACUUUGGCUUGUCCAGACGCAUGGACAAUGUCAGGGAGGUCAGGGAGAUCCUGGGUACCCCAGAGUACGUGGCACCAGAAGUUCUGAGCUAUGAACCCAUCAGCACAGCGACAGACAUGUGGAGCAUCGGGGUUCUGACAUAUGUCAUGCUGACGGGCGAGUCUCCCUUUCUGGGUGACGAAAAGCAGCAGACGUUCCUGAACAUUUCCCAGGUCAACGUAGACUACUCGCAGGACACAUUCGAAGGGAUCUCCUCCCUGGCAGUUGACUUUAUCAAGUCCUUGUUGGUAAAAAACCCCAGGAAGAGAGCCACUGCAGAAGAAUGCCUCCGUCACCCCUGGUUGAACUCGCACCAGCACCUCCACAUGAGACCGGCCUCCUCUUUGGAUGAGCCGGAGAUGAGCCAGUCAGAGUCGGAGCCCGAAAGCCCUGCUCUGUCCCCUGAGCUGGACCUGAUCGAGUCGUACCUCAUGUGCCCAGGGCAGGGGGAGCUGAAGGCGGGCCGGGAUGCCUUCUGCUUUAACGAGACCCAAUUCCCCACGAGACCUGACAUGAAGCAGGAGCUAAUCUGCUGACCAAUGUUUCACAAGCGGGGGACUGGAUGUAGUAGAACUCAGUGGAGCUGAUGCUGAAAGCCAGUGAGCCUGCAGCUGGAUGGGGGCUUUUUUACCUGGCUGUACUGCUGUGAUGCCUGUGACCUGAGCUGUGAUCAGCUUCAUACAGAUGGAUGUGACUGAAUUCUUACUUCUGUGCUCAUUUAUAUAACUGCACAAGAAGAAAAAUGGGGCAGACGAAAGCGGAAGUAGUGGGAGAGGACUCACCGAGGUUUUUGAUGUACAACUGCACUGCUGCAUUGAAAGUGACAGAACUGUACUGUACAGGGCUCUGCUUAACGCUGCAGCUGUUCACCCCUGCACUGGUUUCUUCAUACCAAAAGAACUGGGUUUCCGAGGAGAGGUUCUGCUUUCUGCGAGGAAAUGACUUCACUUAUCUAAACAAAUUACGCUUCAGCUUCAUCCUUUCUAUGAGGAGUGUCAUUCAAGACGGUGAAGGUUCUUCAAUUUUAAAAAAAAAAAAAAAAAAACAGAAAAGGAAAUGCAACAGUGUCUAUGCAGAAAGAUGUUUAAUUUUUCACUGUUUUAUGUCUAUUUAUGCGUGUGUUGUAUCACCUCAACCCCUUAAAUAUUAUAAAGCCACGUUCAAAGUUUAAGAUAUGAUAAAGUAGCAUUCUUAAUUUUUAAGAAAAUCUUCAGCACUUUUUUUUACUUUGUUUGACUUUUGUGUAAUUAGAAAAACAAACAAAAAAAUGAAACGCUCGUUUAACAUAGUCGGCCAUCACAUGAUGUACUGUUUAUCUGUAACACCUGAUGUUUUUGUCAUACGUGCCACUUAUUAUGUGCCACUCUGUCAACCUCACUUUUGUAUAUCUUUUGAGUUUGUUCACUUUCUUUUUUGUUAUUGCACAAGUUGCACAGAAUGUUUUGUACGUAAUUGCAAUGUUGCCUCUGGGUUCAUUUUCUUUAAAUGCCACAUUUUUAGGAGAAGGAAGCUGAGGGGGUUAAUAAUUUUUUUUUUUUUUUUUUACUUUUUUGGGGGGGAUUUGUUGUUAAAAAAUCAAACUGUAAAAGGCAUGGUUGACUGAUGGUUCAGAUUUGUGUGAAUAUGUGAAAGAAUUUCCUCCAUGAUUUUUGAGAGCAGAGAAAAUGUAUUUUGUGCAUUAAUAGAAGGAUUUAGCCUAAAGAUUAUUCUGGGUGAGAUCAUAUUAUGACAACAUCAUUAUAUAGUUUUGUACGGCAACUUUUACAAAUUUUAGUUCUAUUCUCCUCUUGAAUUUCUGGAAUGUUUGCACUUGUCCUUGUGGACUUUGUUUAAAUAAAUGUUGAUGGCUAUCAUUGCAAAAUGUAACGGAAAAAUACAUGUGCUUUUGUAUUGAA